ACCCUCACACCCGCACCCGCCGCCGCCAUGACGUCCGAGUUCGACGCCAACCGCGCGCAGAACCUGCCCGAGAUCGAGAAGCAGAUGGCCGUCAAGUGCGUCGAGCAUGCACAGACCUACUGGAACCUCCUCGAGAAGCUCGACGCGCGCAGCCUGCGCCUCACCAAGCUCGACGACGACAUCUACGCGCACAUGCUCGACGCCUUUCCCGAGCUCGCCGAGGGCGCCGCCGGCGACGCCGCCGUGGGCAAGAUCGACGAGGAGGAGAUGAAGAGCGAGAGCGGCAAGACGCGCUGGCGCGAGUUCAUUGCGCGCUACGAGGGCAAGGUGACCGACUACAACUUCGGCACGCUCAUCCGCACCGACGCCAGCGAGGAGUACACGCAGUUCAACACCACCUUUGUCACGCGGAUGCAGUUCUACGUGUACGAGAUUGCACGCAACCGGCGGGGGCUGAAUGACUGGGUGCGCACCAAGGCGCAGAAGGAGGCCGAGGAGGAGAAGGCAAAGAAGAAGGGCAAGAAGUGAGCAUAGAGUUGCUGCGACACGGGCUGUGCUCUGGGCGGGUGCGGCGCACUGGCUUGCGCUCUCUGUCCGACUGCAGGCUCUUAAUCUAAUGCGUGCUCAGCUGGAGCGGCGAGGUUGCCGACGGCGAAGCGGUGCGCGUCUGGCGAAGCGAUGUGACAUUGGCAAGGGCAUCUAUGUGGCGGUCAAGGGUG